CGACCUCGCCCGGACAUAGCACGAUCGCCGUCGUUUUCCUCUCGGUGGUGGAGCCGUCCGGCGCGCAGUACUGCCGGACCCGUGGGCGCACCGGACCACAGUAUCCCGACGGCCUUGCCGUGUCCGUCUCCACGCACCAUAUAUACCUGAGCCUUCCCCUCCAUUCUUCACACAGCUCGCUCGCUUUCCUCUUCCUCCCUCUCCUCGCAGCAGCAAGUAAGCGCACCACCAAGCUAAGCUCUGCUCAGCAUUUUGCUCGAAAGCCACCUACAGACGCAUACCAUGGCGCCAUCAGUGGCCUGCUCCUUCUUCUUCGACGCCGAGCUGCUCGGCGAGCCCGGCAUGCCGGCGAUGGACGCGUGUGCGCUCUGCAACAAGCGGCUGGCGCGCGACAGCGACGUCUUCAUGUACAGAGGGGACACGCCCUACUGCAGCGAGGAGUGCCGCCACGAGCAGAUGCACCUCGACGCCGUCUGCGCCAAGCAGGACGCACGGAGGCAGCAGCGGUUCUCGGCGGAGACGGAAUGCCACCGUGGGCAGCGGCGGUCCAGGAAGGUGCCAGUCGCGAGCUAACCGGACGGCCUGGCCGGAGCGCGCGGGCGACGAAAGUUUUGUUCGAACGGACAAGAUCCGAAUUCUGAAGAACUGUCCAUACUGUUUUAGGGGGGCGCAUCCGUCUCUCCGGCCGGUGCUCUCUUGCCUGAACCGGAGGAGGUAUCAGGGCACGAUCAGGUGGCAUGAAGCAUAGGCGCGAGUUGCUUCCAAUAUGUGUCCAUGGCAAGCUGAUUAAGCUUCCCGGAUGGGUGGAAAUUGUACUUGUUCUCGAUCGGCCUCUGCAGUCCGGAUGAUUUGUUUAUUAGAAAUGAAUACAGGAAAAAUAAAGGAUCUGAAGAAAGCAAUCAAAAAUCAUUCAAACUUGGUUAGCUUCAGUUUGGAUA